CUCUGAAAAAUAUUAUCUAAUUCCUAAAAACAUUAUCCACAAAUAUAUCACAAAAAAUAAACAAUACAGUUGAGGUGGUUAUUCUUCCUCUAUGAGUUGCAUUCAUUGUUCAUCUCCACCUUUUCAUUUGCAAAAACAAAAGCAUAAUGCUAAAAUACCUACCAACUUAUUUGGAAAAAUUUCAACAAAAAGGCAUUACAAUGUUAAUAUUUUAAAAGUUGGUGUUUUUUCUACGGAUAAUUUUGAGGCUUUUCCUACUUCUCUUACCCUUGCUGUUGCUAAACCUGCUGAUACUGAAGUUUUGUUGAAAACGAGUGCAGUGCUGAUAUUUUUCUACUUGUUAGCCAAUUUUGUGGUGCCACAAUUUAUCACCAAAAGUUUUGAGGACAACGCUGAUGAAGACGAGAAGCCUAGCAGCUCGGACUCUGUGGAUGAGGCAAAAACGAGCUCAACAAGGAAGCGUGGUUUUGACAGCACCAAACCGAAAUAAGCAUAUCCUUUUACAUGCUCUAAUCUAUAAGCAAUAGCAUGUACGUUUCGCUGUUACUCACUCGGAAGUUAUUAUUUAAGAUUGUAUGGCAGUGACAGCAGUUACAGU